UUCCUUUCUUCUUUCACGCUCAAUCAUCCUUCUCUCUCUCAAUUACGAUCUCUUACCAUCUCGUCACUCUCGAUCGCUCUAUCUCACACCUCUCUCGCUCAUGUCAUCUCUCAAUCUCAACCUCAUUCACAAACUUUCACUCUACAUGCCAAAAAACAAAUGCUUUAAAGAGAUUCAAGCAGUAAAGCUCACCUUCGGCGGUGGUCCGGCGGUAAUGACGAUGCUUGGAUCUUCCUCCUGUCGCCGCUCAACUCUUCUAGCUCUAGGGUUUUCGCUCUCUGAAAACUUUAGGGUUUUUUUUUGUGGCCGACUGAAAUUAGGUUUUUCGUCGCCGCUCCUAAAAACUCUCCUUUUUUCUACAGCAUCCGCCUCUUUUUAUACCCAAUCCGUUAGGGUUUUCGAGCUAGCUAUGGAGAUUAAAAUGGGAAACCUCUUGGAAGUACUUUUAGGUGCUCAGCUUUGCCUGUCUCGCUUGAUACUUAAAUCUGGAAACGUGAAAAUUGGAACAUUCAUGGGUAGCUUCUGUUUUCAUGGCCUUGAUGGUGCGACUCCAUUAUGAAUUCGUUGCAGAUGAAUUCGUUAUGUUACUGUUAUGGCAGUGCAGGUUGGGUUCUCUUUGGCCAUUAUGGUGAAGCCAAAUCCGUAGCAGUGAAUGAAAAAGAGAAAACA